UGCAGAUCAUGCUAGAAAUGAACGGUAAGGUUGCCAUAAUAACUGGAGGUGCUGACGGUAUUGGAGAGGCCUUGGCUGACGACUUCUUGAACCGUCAAGCAAAGGGAGUGUAUAUUGUCGACAUCAACGAGAAGAAGGGACAAGAAACGUUAAGCUCUCUGAAAGAUAAGCACGGCGCUGGACGAAUUCAAUUCUGGAAAUGUGACGUCAGAAACACAGAUGAACUCGAAGGUGCGUUCAAAGACUGUUUGGGCCAAUAUGGUCAAUUAGAUAUCGUUUGUAACAAUGCUGGUAUUCUCAAUGAAUAUACACGUAAACUGAUGAUAGAUAUCAACUUGACUGCUGUCAUAGAAGGAACAUACCUUGCCGUGAAAUACAUGGGAACACAAAAUGGUGGAAAAGGAGGUGUUGUAGUCAAUAGUGCGUCAAUACUUGGUUUAAUUCCACACAAUUUAUCCGCCGUAUAUGCAGCAAGCAAGCAUGGAAUUGUUGGAUUCACACGAAGUGUGGCGUUUGAGCCAGACUUGGUAAGCAAUGGAGUUCGUGUUGUUGCUAUAUGUCCGACUGUUGUUGACACAACACUGAUUCCCAGUGCCCUGGAGAAAGGGGCGAAAUACACAAAGGAAAUAAAACAAGGUUUAGCAGGCUUGCCAGUGCUAAAGUUACGUGACGUCACAUCGACUGUGGUGCGCCUUAUUGAAGACGGUAGUGCAAACGGAACAACCAGACUAAUAAGAGUCGGUCAAGAUCCCGAAGACAUUUGCCCCCCUGAAUUGUUCUAAAUUGGAUGUUUCACCACACCAUAUGUUUCCAUUAUGUUUUAAUUUACAAAUGACGUUAACUUUUUGUAGUUUCUUGUUUAAACAUGCAACAUCCAUGAUGAUGUAUACUUACUUGUAACGGGGAAAAGCAACAUAUCCAUUGAUAAAUAUUGUGCGUCUGUGACGACAUUGUUUCUUUCAGAUAUUUAGCUAAUCAACAAAAUUAAUAUUAGACAAUGCUGUCCCCCAUCUUUCUCCAGUCAUUUCUAGAAAACCUUAACUUUAUGACCGUAGCAAUAAUUAUGAUUCCUUCUAAUCCAUGGUUCAUUUUAACACUGGAUACAAUAUAUAUUUAUGUGCAAAUUAUUUUUCCGCUUUGGAACAAAUUACAACUCACCAUGCAACUUCCCUGACUUUAUCGGUUUAAUAGCCCCGAUAUAACGCAGCUCCCGGUUCCAUAGUGCUCGUAUCAGUGUACAUUUCAAAUGAUUUUGUUUUAUUCUCGUACGUUAAAAUUUUGGGUGUACACAAUCAGUCAGCAAUAAAUUAAAAUGCCUCUUCAUAAUGUGGAA